CUAUUCUCAUGCACGGACCAUGAUUGCUACUGCUAGGCUAGCUCGCAAUCUCGAAUUUCACUUUGGGCCAUCUUCAGAGCCCAUACCCAUAGCAGAUUUUGUCUCUUCUGAUAUUCCUCAGCAUGCCUUUGUUAGUGAGACGGACACGGAUGAGUUCAGUGUUAGCGACAUUUGCGAUGCGGUCAGCAAAGUCUGGGACAAUCCAGAGUUAUCUGCACACAUCCUCAAGAAGCAUUAUGCCGUUGUAGAUGCUUUAUAUGCUACCCAAAGCACUGCCAAAGCUCGCCGUAAAGCUCAGAACACUACCGACAGUGAUAAGGAAGACUCGCCGCAAGUACUUGAGUUGAACAAGGCACUUCAGACUAUACAUCUCUCCAGCUACCCUCUUUGUUCAGAAGCUUCUCUUUUCAUAAGGCCGCCCAAGAAUUCAGAUCAGAACGCCCUUGCCAAACUUAAAUCCUCCGACCCGAACGAUGGCCCUUCCUUGCCGGAUAGCACGAGAUGCGCACUUGUUAUUGUCACAAUAUACACUAAAGGAUCCAGUACUACCAUGCGGACAUCGCAGCACGCACUUCUCUCUUCACAGACUUUGGGAGAUAUCGUAGAGACGAUGCCUUGUGUGUCAAACGACCUUUCCAAGGAAAGAGUGUCGCAUAGACAGGUCACCAGAGACCAGAUUCCUCAAGACGUCAAAGCAAGUUCUGGCUCUGUGGUAUGCAUCGAAGAUGUUCUCUAUGGUGAUGGUAUGAAUGAAACUGAUUGUGCCGACAAAAUGCUCCAGUAUCUCGCAACGUAUUCAAUGAAACUGCGCACAGUGACCAAGGCGCCGGAGUCGCUGCAUAACAUCAUCCUCAGCUCUCUCUCCCUUCGGAUCAACGAACCAUAUUGGAUUUUGCAUCAAGGAAAUUGCGAACACUUUUUCGUAGUCGAUCAAAUCAGACUGAAAAACCUCUCAGACUCAUCAUCUAGGUACCCUUUCACUCUGCAAUUGACGCCAAUCUCCCUAGAUUUGUGUCGGGCAUGUUACAGAAUACCUGCAAUUUGGUCUAUUGUAGGUGAUCUGCGAUUGGGUGAGAGUCCGUGUAUUUUAUGUGGAAUUUGCUGGGAGAGCAUGGGAGAGCCAGAUGAUGGCGUUGUAGUGAUACCUUUUUCCCAAGUAUGAAUUACGUUGGUAGGAAUGGCGGUCCGAAUCGUUGUUUGUAUCUGUAAUAUAUAGGAAAUGCCAUUGCUGGUCCCGACC